AUGGUUCUGCUCUGGCUCAGGGUGCUGCACUGGUGCCCUACUGGCCUGGGCCGCUGCGCCCUGGAGCCUUUGCAUGCCCUGUCCUUGCUGUGCUUCUGGGCCCCAUGGCUUCUCCUUAUGUGGCAACCAUUGUGGCUGCUGGUCCAGGUAGCUUAGCCUCUGGAGUGGGCCCUGGACCCUGUGCAGCUGACUUCUGACCCCCCAGGACCAACUGAGUCCUGGUCUUUGCAUUCCUCUAAUCUCCCUCCUGAAUCACCCCAUGCGCUUACUCCCCCAGCAUUGCCUGGGGCCCUCUGCUUCAGCCCAGAUGCUGGGGCCACAUCAAGAACUGACCUAUACUCUGGGUCCUUUCCUGGACUCGGAUUCAGCUGCAGAGCUGCGCCCAGGACCAGAGCAGUUUGCUAUUCUGCUUUGGGACCUGAAGGAGUUGGGAUCAGAAUCAGGUCCCAGGUCUGCCUCCUUGAAUCAAAACUAAGUCUAAAACUAAGUGUAGAUCAGGCCGAAGAUCAGUCAUUUGAAAUACUUGUUUCACCUCUAGGUAGUCAUAGUUCAAAACCAGCAAGGUUUACUUUUUCACUUCCAAACCUGAAGAAAGAUCCAGCUCAGCGUUGGUAGCUUACCAAAGUUCUUACUGGAACUCCAAGCCAAUUUGCAAGAAAAUGUCUAGAACAACAGUUGCAGGAUGAUUAUUUAUUUCCCAAUAUGGGUAUCUUCUAUCCUGAGGAGAAGCUACCUAUAGAAUUUCUGGGGGGCCCACAUCAACCUCCAGAGGCCCCUGAGGAGGUUGAACCUUUCUCCAAGAAAAGUGUCCCCACUCAUCAUGGACAGAAAAUUGAGGAGGCUGAAUCUUCAUCCAGGUGGAUUCCCAGGAUUGGCAUCCGGACCAACUUGCACCCUGUCACCGUGCAACCUGUGGAGCUGGUAGUUACCCUAUCUCCAGAGGUCACUGAUGAGGUUGACCUUUCUCUAGCCCAGCAAGAGGCCCUGGCUCAGCCUCUAGAGAGCCCUGAAGAGACCGAGCCUCCUCCAAUCCAGCAGGAGGUCCCCGCUCAGCCUGCAACAGCCCCCUGAGGAAGUUGAACCUUUCCCAGUUCAGUUUGCAGCCCCAACUCAAGCUCCAGAGUUCCCAGAUGAGGACAUAACUCCAAUUCCAGCGAGUGAUGAGCUGGGAGCUGGACCUGUGGAUUGGCAUUGAGCUCAUUCAGACUUGCCCAGUGUUAUAUUUCACCCUGUGGAUGCAGAGCUUACCGUAACUCCAGAGCCUGCUGUUGAAUCUCCAACAUCCCGCAGGAGGCCCCGCCUCCUGAGGAGGCAGACAGUCUCCAACUCAGCGAGAGACCUCAGCCUAGCCUCCAGAGCCCCUUGCAGAGGCUGAGCCUUCUCCAAGUGAACAGGAACCACCAGUUCAGCCUUCCAAGCCUAAUGGGGAAGCUGAACCUCCAGCCCAGGAGGAGGCCUCAGCUCAGCCUCCAGGGCCCCUUAGUGAGACAGAAUCUCCAACCCAGCAGGAGACCCCAGCUUAUUCUCCAGGGGAGGUAGAACCACCUGCAGUCCUGCAGGAGCAACCAGCUGAGCCUCCAGAGCCUUUUUCCGGGGAGAUGGAACCUUUUCCAAUGCAGCAGGAACACCCAGCUCAGCCUCCAGGUUCACCUCUGGAUCCCCGUCCUGCUCAGCAUUUAUAGACCUCUCAAUGCCACUUGCAAGAAAAACAUGGCAUAGAUGCUACAUAACAAGGAUUCUUCUGAUGAGGAGGAGAUUUUCAACAAGAAUGGAGGGUAAAAGAUUAGGGAUAAUUUAAAAUUCUUAUCUAAGAUGAAGAAAUAACAGAAAGUUUAAUAAUUCCUUUCAAGAGUAAAAGCCUUGGCAUUCUCGUCCCAGGGAGCUUGGUGAAGCCCCAACAGACAAGGUUCUGACUUGAGGGUUGGCUGCUGAAGAGCUUGGGGUGGAGAGUGAGCCCCAGCCCACUCUGGGCCACCUACGACUUUUAUUUUCUAAUAUUGGCUUCUCAGCAUUGCUUGUAAAAUACUUUUCUCUUAUUAAAAUGAAUAAAUGCAUAACCAAUUCUA